AUGGUCUUUGAGCGUCUAGAGCACGGCAACUCCUUCCAGAAUAUUGAAGAGUUCUUUGUGACUCUCACCCAAACCUCACAGGAUUUGGACAUCAACCCUGUGGUGAGGGACAUCAUGAUGAAUCGAACCUUCACCAUCAUCAGUCUUCAUUUUGCCGACUUUGUGACCGACGACUGGGUUUCCUGGUUCACGGUGAAACUGAAUCCUCUCCUUCCCAGCUUGACAGCAGAGAUGCUCCAGACAGCAACAUUAAACACCGUCUGCAACGAAUACCACGUCAUUGUUGGGGCUCUGAGCAACGUCUUUGAGCAGAUGACUUUGUUGAGACAGCAGGAGCUCGCUCAAGUCCUGUUGGGCUACCUGAAGCAGAGACACGCCUCGGGCUCAACUUGCGGGUCCGACACCAGCAGCCUCAGUGCUUGGCUUGAGGAGAGCUUUGGCAAAUUCUCCAUCUAUGUGGAUUACAAAGACCUGCGUGAGAUCAACACGGGCUUCGACAGCUUUGAGGCGCUGGACAUUCUGAGCACUUCUCAGGUUGCUCAACUGACGCUAGAGUCUGGAGCGCUGAACAGCGCAGCCCUGAUAAACAUGGUCUUUGAACGUCUAGAGCACGGCAACUCCUUCCAGAAUAUUGAAGAGUUCUUUGUGACUCUCACCCAAACCUCACAGGAUUUGGACAUCAACCCUGUGGUGAGGGACAUCAUGAUGAAUCGAACCUUCACCAUCAUCAGUCUUCAUUUUGCCGACUUUGUGACCGACGACUGGGUUUCCUGGUUCACGGUGAAACUGAAUCCUCUCCUUCCCAGCUUGACAGCAGAGAUGCUCCAGACAGCAACAUUAAACACCGUCUGCAACGAAUACCACGUCAUUGUUGGGGCUCUGAGCAACGUCUUUGAGCAGAUGACUUUGUUGAGACAGCAGGAGCUCGCUCAAGUCCUGUUGGGCUACCUGAAGCAGAGACACGCCUCGGGCUCAACUUGCGGGUCCGACACCAGCAGCCUCAGUGCUUGGCUUGAGGAGAGCUUUGGCAAAUUCUCCAUCUAUGUGGAUUACAAAGACCUGCGUGAGAUCAACACGGGCUUCGACAGCUUUGAGGCGCUGGACAUUCUGAGCACUUCUCAGGUUGCUCAACUGACAAUAGAGUCUGGAGCGCUGAACAGCGCAGCCCUGAUAAACAUGGUCUUUGAACGUCUAGAGCACGGCAACUCCUUCCAGAAUAUUGAAGAGUUCUUUGUGACUCUCACCCAAACCUCACAGGAUUUGGACAUCAACCCUGUGGUGAGGGACAUCAUGAUGAAUCGAACCUUCACCAUCAUCAGUCUUCAUUUUGCCGACUUUGUGACCGACGACUGGGUUUCCUGGUUCACGGUGAAACUGAAUCCUCUCCUUCCCAGCUUGACAGCAGAGAUGCUCCAGACAGCAACAUUAAACACCGUCUGCAACGAAUACCACGUCAUUGUUGGGGCUCUGAGCAGCGUCUUUGAGCAGAUGACUUUGUUGAGACAGCAGGAGCUCGCUCAAGUCCUGCUCAACUUGCGGUCCGACACCAGCAGCCUCAGUGCUUGGCUUGAGGAGAGCUUUGGCAAAUUCUCCAUCUAUGUGGAUUACAAAGACCUGCGUGACCUCAACACUGGCUUCGACAGCUUUGAGGCGCUGGACAUUCUGAGCACUUCUCAGGUUGCUCAACUGACGCUAGAGUCUGGAGCGCUGAACAGCGCAGCCCUGAUAAACAUGGUCUUUGAACGUCUAGAGCACGGCAACUCCUUCCAGAAUAUUGAAGAGUUCUUUGUGACUCUCACCCAAACCUCACAGGAUUUGGACAUCAACCCUGUGGUGAGGGACAUCAUGAUGAAUCGAACCUUCACCAUCAUCAGUCUUCAUUUUGCCGACUUUGUGACCGACGACUGGGUUUCCUGGUUCACGGUGAAACUGAAUCCUCUCCUUCCCAGCUUGACUGCAGAGAUGCUCCAGACAGCAACAUUAAACACCGUCUGCAACGAAUACCACGUCAUUGUUGGGGCUCUGAGCAACGUCUUUGAGCAGAUGACUUUGUUGAGACAGCAGGAGCUCGCUCAAGUCCUGUUGGGCUACCUGAAGCAGAGACACGCCUCGGGCUCAACUUGGGUCCGACACCAGCAGCCUCAGUGCUUGGCUUGA